AGUGGGAGAUAGAUGCCCCUCGCUUUCGUCCUCCUCCCCACCCCCCCACCUAUGGAAAAUAAAAGGAUUUCGCCUUUAGUCAUGUCACCUCUCACCUCGCGCUCAACAGUGUCGUGGAUCCCUCUCUUCUUUCUCGUCCCCCUUCCCCUUUCACCUAAAAGCCCUAGUAACAGUACUAGUACCACAGACCUCUGUACAUCGUCUCUUCCCCAUUUCUCUCUGUUCAAUCCCUCGCUCACUUCACAGAUCUCCCCCCUUUUUAGGCCAAACAAUCCAUCUACCGCCCCCUGCAAACCCUCCUAAAAAUAGUGGCUGCAGCAGCUUGCAUGCCAAUGCAAACCCCCUCAAUGCUAUUCUAGCACAUGAAAGAAGGUUUCUUGUUAGAGGAGCAACAAGGGCUGGCCAGCAGCAGGAGGAGCAGCUCAUGGUCAGAUUAAUGGACCUAUGAGAUCAGGAGAAGCAGCAGUAACUUCUAUUGAGCAAAGAUUCUCAAGCCAGCUUCGUCUUCACCAGCCACGGACGCUGUCGCUGCCGAUCCAGCUUCUCCACCACCCCCGCGCGCCGCGGCAAAAGAGAUCAGCCGCCUCCGCCGGCACAGAAGCUGGUGCCUGAUUGAUCAGUAUCACCGAUGGACCACCAUUCGCCCAACCCGGAGAGCCCCACCGCCCCAGGCAGCGGCGGAUCGGGCGGCGGGGCUUCGUCGUCGGCCGGUGGCAGCGGGGUCCAGCCGCAGACGCCGAGCCGGUACGAGGCCCAGAAGCGGCGCGACUGGAACACGUUCGGGCAGUACCUGCGGAACCACCGUCCGCCGCUGAGCCUGUCGCAGUGCAGCGGCGCGCACGUGCUGGAGUUCCUGCGGUACCUGGACCAGUUCGGCAAGACCAAGGUGCACACGGCGUCCUGCCCCUUCUUCGGCCACCCCAACCCGCCGGCGCCCUGCCCGUGCCCGCUGCGCCAGGCCUGGGGCUCCCUCGACGCGCUCGUGGGCCGCCUACGGGCCGCCUUCGAGGAGCACGGGGGCCGGCCCGAGUCCAACCCGUUCGCCGCCCGCGCCGUCCGCCUCUUCCUCCGCGAGGUCCGCGAGCACCAGGCCCGCGCGCGGGGGGUCAGCUACGAGAAGAAGAAGCGCAAGAAGCCCACGGCGGGGCCCGGCGGUGCUGAAGCCAGCGGCAGCGGCCCGCAGCCUCCGCCCCCGCCGCCGCCCGCCGGCGCCGCAUGCUGAGGACUAGUACGUGCUCGUUUGGAUGGUAUGCCGGAGGACUGAUAUGAUGAGGAUAUUUUAUGUAGGUCUUGAUCUCGAUCGAUCGAUUAAUUGCUUGUGCAUGCAUGCAUUGUUUUAGUACUAUAGUAUCAUUGAUCUGCGCGGCCGGCGAGCGGCUUCUGCAGGUAGAUGUCUUUUCAGACUACUCUUUCAUUGAUCGUGCAAUCAUCUGCGGGUACUAUUUGCUUUCUUGAUCCCAGCCGACCGGCCGCUUAAUUGAGUUUUGCUGGUGGAAGUAUGUGAAUUAAUGCCAUUUUUGGCGUCAUUGUUCACGCCUGCCGUA